AUGGACUCAUGUACUCAAGACUGGUUCUCCGUUUUAUCUCUCCUAGAAAAUCUUCUUCAAGUUCUACAUCAGAGUAAUGUCAAGAUAUCCAAGGUGUAUUUGCGUUCAGAUGAAGCUGGGUGUUAUCAUAACAACUUUCUUCCAGCUUCUCUGAAAGAUUUAGGUCAAAGAGUAGGCAUUAAGGUCAUGCGUUAUGAUUUUUCUGAGCCACAGCAUGGCAAAGAUGUCUGUGACCGAAUUCUUUGUCCUAUGAAACAUGCAAUACAGAAAUACUGCAAUGAAGGACAUGACAUUUUGACAGCCAGCGACAUGAGGAGAGCAUUACUUGAACGCCCAGUUAGUGGAACCACCGCCUCAGUAAACUGAAUAGAUUACUCUUCCAGAACAAUCAAAGUAAAGAACAUUGACGGUAUUAGUACGUACCAUAACAUUGAGUUCGAAGACACAGGCAUAAGGGUGUGGAAAGCUUUUGGAAUUGGUGAAGGUAGAUUUCUUCCUUUCAAAGAUAUUUUGAUAAAUCCACAACUGAGUACCAAUAUUCAACAAGAAGAAGAAUUUUCCAAGAAAGAAAGUAGGCCAGUUAAGCCAGAUGAGCGUCGUAAUACUGAAGAUGGGCUGUUUGAAUGUAGUGUUGUGGGAUGUGGGAAGGUUUUCCGAAGUUUUGAAGAUCUUGAACUUCAUUUAGACGUAGGGAAGGAUGAAAGCAUAGUCCAAAGUGAAUCAUUGUAUGACCAGUUGAGAAGGGAUUGGGCAGAAAAAUUUCUGACUAUUGACUGCAGAAAGAAAAGCAAGAACGCUGGAGCUGUUGAGUCAAUGGGUGCAGUUUCGUCUGACCAAAAUGCAUGUGAGAACAGAAUGGGUUGGGCACUGAGUAAGUCCAGAGCUGGAAGCUUACGUUUUAGCCAAAAUGUGAGAGACUACCUGACAGAAAGAUUUGAUUUAGGUGAAAUUACAGGGAUGAAGAGCAAUCCGUCAGAUGUGGAGAAUGAUAUGCGAAGUGCAAGAAAUGAGAGGAACGAAAAGCGUUUCACUCGAGAUGAAUGGCUGACAGCGUCUCAGAUUAAAAAUUUCUUUUCUCGAUUAUCAGCUGCCCGGAAGAAGCACGGCAAUGAAAAGGCGCGGGUCUUGAUGUCUGACUUAGAAAGUUCUGAAGACGAAGAUUUACUGGCAAUUGCACAAGAUAUUUGCGAUCAAGAGCUUGUUGACAGCAUUCUUGAACGACUAGGUGUACAACAUCCCAUUGUCUAUGAUGUAUACAAUCUCUGUGAUUAUUUCAAGAAAGAUAAACUUAAUGUUUUCAGCGUUAAAAUGCUGAAAUCCAUCUGCAAAGAGUUCGAAUUACCCUUCAAGUCAAAGGACCUCAAAUCCUCACUGAUUGAGAAAGUCAAAGAUAUGCUAGCUGGAUUUACCUGUAACUCUUAA